AAGGAUUUGAAAGUUUGAAUCUAUGCAGGUUGCAAACUUGAUGACAGAAGUUGAAAGCCAUGUGCCUUCUCUACUAAAACAGGCAUCAUCCAAAGCUCUGUUAAUAGCUCAGAAGGCUCCAGAAUUAGCUCGAGAUCUCGCCGGCGAGGUACAGCACGAUGGCUUAGUGGACACAGCGAGCAACGUAGCUAAAACACUCUACACAAAGUACGAACCCACAGUGAAGGAGCUAUACGCAAAAUACGAGCCAGUGGCCGAGAAAAAUACGGUUUUGGCAUGGCGAUCUCUGAACAAGCUUCCUUUGUUCCCUCAAGUGGCUCAGAUUUUGGUGCCGACGGCUGCUUAUUGGAGUGAGAAAUACAAUCAAGCGGUGACAUAUGCGUCGGAGAACGGCUAUGCGGUGGCGCAUUAUUUCCCGAUUAUUCCCGUAGAGAAGAUCGUGAAGGUGUUUGAAGGCGGCGCCGCCGCGGAGAACGAGCAGUCCGUUUCCUUGACCGACGGCACUGUUGCUCCGGCGCAAUGACCAUUUUACAUUACUGUACUGGGGGUUGGGCCCAUUGGCUUAAUGGGCCAAGGGGUUAAUAACUUCGUUUAUGUUUGUCGGUAGUAAUUGUUCAUCUUUAUAUCAUAAGCCAUUUCUCAAUUUCCUUAAUAUAUUUUAAUAAUUAUUCUAAAUCACCAAAUUUAAAUUCGUGAACAAA